ACGGGAGGGGCUGGGAGGGGCGGCAGGGGGCAGGGGGCAGGAGCGGGUUUCUGUCAUGGCGCAGCAGCGGGUGCUGCCGCAGAGCAAGGAGACCCUGCUGCAGUCGUACAACAAGCGCCUCAAGGACGAUGUCAAAUCCAUCAUGGACAACUUCACCGAGAUCAUCAAGACUGCUAAGAUUGAGGAUGAAACUCAAGUCUCUCGAGCAACGCAGGGUGAACAAGAUAACUAUGAGAUGCAUGUCAGAGCUGCAAACAUUGUCCGAGCUGGUGAGUCCCUGAUGAAACUUGUGUCUGACUUGAAGCAGUUCUUGAUCCUCAAUGAUUUCCCCUCUGUGAAUGAAGCUAUCAACCAGCGCAACCAGCAGCUGAGGAGCUUGCAGGAGGAGUGUGACAAGAAGCUGAUUGCACUACGGGAUGAGAUCUCCAUUGACCUGUACGAGCUAGAAGAAGAAUAUUACUCUUCCAGCUACAGUCUCUGUGACAGCAAUGAUCUACCGCUGUGCGAAGCCUACUGGAGACAAGAUUUUGCCACGCUGUCCCCCGAAAGCCUCUCCAUGCCUCUGACAACUGCCACAGCAGAGCAGAGCGUUGCUACCUCUCAGAGCUCGACCCCAUCGCACCCUCACGUGAACGGGCAUGGGGCGGGCCCGACGGAGCACUCCUGAAGAGGAUUCCCUGCUGCUGACCACGUUCUUCCUGGUGGCGCUGAGCUGCUGGAAGUCUUCCACCUGCUGUACUGAGCGAGCAUCUCCUGCUGUCAGGAGAAUGCACUGGGGCUGUGACUGCAGGAUUCUGCGCACUGGACAGCCACAGUGCUUUCUCCAUGCCUGGGACACUGCCACGAGUGUUCCUCGCGCUUAAGAGAAAGUGAUAAGUAAAUACCAGGCUGAUUGUUCUAACAAAUUAGAGUUAGGUGUGCUUUUCCGUGACAGUUACGUGUAGAGUUUGUUAGAAAUCCAGAAUUUAUUUCCAUGUGAAUCUCACAGUAAGUACAUGUUAGAGUGCUGGGAGCUGAACUUGUUAGGGCUAGGAAACUCGAGCCAAGUCUGGCAGUAGGGAGUGUUUCGGGGGCUUUACGCUGUUCCCAAGGUUACUGACAUUCUGGCUGCUUCAAAGCUUUCUCAGGAUGCCAUCACACAACUUCUGUUCUACUUAGAACAGAGUCUUAAGAAUCUUCUAGUGUUUUUACUCAGCAUUCUUCACCGUCAAAAUGCUUCACAAACUUGAACUUUUUGCUAGGAAUCCUUUAGGAGGAGGCUCUCUAGGAGGCCUGUGUUGACGAGCAGUAUUCUGCCUUUUGGAAAGAAAAGGGCAAACUGAGAAUGAGACUGAGGUAUUAAAUGAUGUGACUCGCUUGAGGCUGUAGAUAGAAGCAGGAGCACGCUCCUGUUAGUCUGAUUCCUUGUUCUGCUAUUUACACAGCAGCUUUCAAUUAAUGUAGCGUGAGCUAGCACAAAGCUAGCAUUUAUGUUGGUGAUAGUUUCUUUACUUAAAUCUUGAGCCAAGUGAGGCCUGUGGAGCCUAGAGGGUGGGUGACUCCGUUACAGUUUCCUUCCAAAGAAACAGUUUUGGUGCUUUGUUGGGCAGCUGGGCGCUUGUGCCCGCUGUGGUUGUUGAGAGGUGGCUCUGACUGCGCGGUCAAAGGGGGAUGGAGUUGAGCUGGAAUACCGCCAUGACGGCCGCGGAGCUGGUGCAUUCAGAACAGCGUAGCAGAGCUUCCCCAGCAUUGCGCUGUACCGUCCUGUUUCUUCGGGUGCGAGUUUUGGUUUACUUCAUGUUCUCUUCCUUCCAUUCCAUUUAUUUUUUGUAACUGGGUGGUUUAAUAAAAUAACUCUUUUGUAUAA